GCAAAAUAUCAUUGAUAAGAAAAUGAAGCUCUUCUCAACGGGAUCUGUGGCCAAUGGAUGUAAGCAUUGCAAAAACAGGCUUCUGCCAAGGAGAAGGCAUAAGGGUCAUGGCUUCAAUUCAGAACAAGUCCUCUCGUGACAUUAAGCCCAAGUACUGUCUGUACAGGAAAUACAGCUACUUUGCAAAUAAGAAAAGGAAAGUUGAAACAAAAGACAUCCUGAAGGAGGAGGGUGAAGCCAUCCCACACUCGGCAGGUCAGACUGUCACCAGGAUCAUCACCGUACCUUCCACCGUGACCACCUCAAUCCUAAACUGCAACAUCAUCAAAGUAGAGUAUAGACUCCGGGUCUAUCUGGAUGUGAAGUAUGCUUCAGACCCAGAAGUCAAGUUCCACAUAGUCAUCCUGCCUGCUUUAGAGGGGUCUGAUAAUCAGCAGUCAUCUGACUUUUUGACCAGUGAAUUUGACCAAUUUCCAAAUCCUUACAUGUCAGGAGGGAUGAGCUUUCUACAAAAUCCAGCUGCCCCUGAACCUUCUGCUCCACCACCUUCCUAUGAGACAUAUGGGAUGUACCCCUCUUUCACAGGUUUAGAUAGAAAGCCCUAG